AUGCUUAUCAAAGAAUACAGGAUCCCUCUACCUCUCACCGUAGAGGAGUACCGCAUUGCACAACUGUAUAUGAUAGCUAAAAAAAGCCGUGAAGAAAGCAAAGGAGCUGGAAGCGGUGUUGAAAUCCUCGUUAACGAACCUUACGAAGAUGGGCCUGGAGGUAAUGGCCAGUAUACGCGCAAAAUUUAUCAUGUUGGAAGCCAUUUGCCAGGUUGGCUAAAAAGUCUAUUACCCAAAUCAGCAUUGUCUGUUGAAGAAGAAGCGUGGAACGCAUAUCCUUACACAAAAACACGUUAUACGUGCCCUUUUGUGGAAAAAUUUUUGUUGGAAAUUGAAACUUACUAUUUCGAUGAUAACGGACAUCAAGAAAAUGUAUUCAAACUGUCAGGUGGUGAUCUUCGAAGUAGGAUAGUCGAUUUGAUCGAUGUUGUAAAAGAUCAACCCCAUGGUACCGAUUAUGUCAAAGAAGAAGAUCCUGCGUUAUAUGUUUCACAAAAAACAAAUCGUGGCCCUCUAUCCGAAACGUGGCUUGAAGAUUAUUGGGCAGAAUGUAAAGGAAAAUCAAUGCCUCUCCCAAAUGGGAAGUCGAUUAUGUGUGCCUAUAAAUUAUGCAAAGUUGAAUUCCGUUAUUGGGGCAUGCAGACUAAGUUAGAAAAAUUUAUUCAUGAUGUCGCUUUGCGCAAAACAAUGGUACGAGCUCAUAGGCAAGCGUGGGCGUGGCAAGAUGAAUGGUAUGGACUCACGAUGGAAGACAUAAGGCAGAUAGAAAGGCAAACACAAGAAGCCUUGAAAAUGACUAUGUCAGGUGGUACCGGGAGCAGUGGGAAUGUGUGCACUUUGUCGGCUCCCGAUGACGGCAGUAGUACACUCGCAGCUAACCUAGGUAGUAUAGAGAAACCUGAAAAUUCUAGCCCUUUACCAAAACACCGCACUAUAGAACCAGAGUCAUCAGACGGAAGUCCCGAACCUUCUCCGUCGCUGUCCCAUAGAUCUUGUGGGAAAAAGCAUUAUAGAUCAAAAGAAAAUCUUCCUUCUCCAACUGAUAGAACUUCUAUUAACUCAUCUAUUAGUUGGCGAAUGGAAAGUAUUGUGAGGGAUAGUGAAUCUCCGUCAGAUGAUGAGGAAUUUUUUGAUUGUCAAGAUGAGGAAGAAAACUCGGCUUCAUUGGCCAAGUGGAGCUCUCUUGAUCUGCUUGCGGAAGAAGACUUGGAUUCUUCGCCAAAUGUUAUCAUAGAAAGUCACGAUGAUAGCAUCUUCUCACAAAGGUACCUGAAAUCGUCACUUGUCGAAAGAGGAAAGAGCGUUGAUCAAGCUAACCCAGGCUCGCCAACGCUUUCGGUCUCAAGUCCUCAUAAAAGCUGUCCGAUUUCUGUCCUCAUCCUUGUUCUACAUGCCGGCAGUCUAUUAGAUGCUAAUGUGGAACUUAUGGCUAAGAAAUCUGAUAUAACAACAUUCAGGGGUGCCCUUGAAGCUGUUAUGAGGUCUCACUACGCUAGCCUGAUUGGACAUGUUACGGUGAGACUGGUCGCCUGUCCUUCAAUUACGUCUGAUGCUCUCUCUAUACUUUCCGGGGUCAGCCCUUACAGCUUUGAUGUAUCGCCUUCUGCAGGCGACGCUCCCGUUAUCACACAUGAUUCAGUGCCGUUAGGAGCAGUUCCUCUUCUGUCAACGUGUACUUCGGAAUACACUGAUCUUGUUAACAAGACCAUUCAAAAUGCCAAUGCAACCUAUCAUGAGUUUAGAAAAUCAGAUGGAAUCGGUUUUUGUGGCCAAGUUGUACUUAUAGGUGAUUCAAUGGGUUCAAUUCUAGCCUAUGAUGCUCUUUGUAGGUCUUCUGUAAAACAAGGAGACAACGAAGGUCAAGAUGCCGAUAAUAGCGCAGAAGUUAGUAAUGAUGGAAAAUUAAUGGCACCAGUAUUCAGAAGGCGUUCCUCUUCAACUAGUGAGCAAAGCGGACUUAUCAAAUUAGAGUUUGAAGUUAAUGAUUUUUUCAUGUUUGGAAGUCCAUUGUCUCUUGUACUGGCCUAUAGAAAAUUAGCUUCAGAUGAAAAAUCAAAUCCGAUAUGCCGUCCAGCUGCUUCUCAAGUUUACAAUCUAUUUCAUCCUACAGAUCCAGUAGCGGGAAGACUUGAACCAUUAUUAUCUGCUAGAUUUUCACUUUUACCUCCUGUUAAUAUACCGCGUUUCCAAAACUAUCCUCUUGGAUCAGGUCAGCCGUACCACCUCCUCGAAGUGGUUCAAAGUAACCCUCAGAUUUUCUCAGAAGGAUUGACAGUGGGCCCGCCUCCUGUAUCUCAUCUGAGAAGGCUGUCAGAAGUUAGCAUACAAAGCACUGUCUCCGGGGUAGUGGAUACUCUGCCGUAUCACACUAUUAAUUCUCUGAGGCAGAAAUGGUGGGGAACGAAGCGUUUGGACUACGCUCUGUACUGUCCCGAAGGCCUUGCGAAUUUCCCGACGAAUGCAUUGCCUCACCUAUUCCAUGCCAGCUUUUGGGAGUCAUCUGAUGUCAUAGCCUUCAUCCUUAGACAGGUUGGUAGGUUUGAAUUUGGAGGAUCUGGUACUGGUGAAGAAAAAGACACAACUGGUUUUCAUCCAACCCAGCCCCGCGAAAAGUGGAUACGCAAAAGAACUUCUGUUAAACUUAAAAAUGUUACGGCAAAUCAUCGUGCAAAUGAUGUAAUUGUUAAAGAAGGCGCAAAACAAGUCGUUAUGGCCAGAUUUAUGUAUGGGCCCCUGGACAUGAUCACUUUGGCAGGAGAAAAAGUUGAUAUCCACAUAAUGACAGAACCUUCAAGUGGAGAAUGGGUCCAUUUUUCUACAGAAGUCACAGAUAAAACUGGAAGAAUAUCGUAUGCUAUUCCUGAUUCUAAACAACUCAGCUAUGGCCUGUAUCCAGUCAAAAUGGUUGUAAGAGGAGACCAUACCUGGGUGGACUUUUCCAUAGCUGUUGUUCCGCCUAGAACCGAGUGUGUUGUUUUUAGUAUAGACGGAUCGUUCACAGCAAGCGUUUCCGUAACCGGAAAAGAUCCUAAAGUCAGAGCUGGUGCCGUUGAUGUUGUAAGGCAUUGGCAAGAACUUGGUUAUUUAAUUAUAUACAUAACUGGAAGGCCCGAUAUGCAGCAGUGUAGGGUUUUGUCUUGGCUGGCCCAGCAUAACUUCCCUCAUGGACUUGUGUCUUUCGCAGAUGGCCUUUCAACGGAUCCUCUCGGUCACAAAGCUGCCUACCUCAAAGGAUUAAUUCAAGACCAUAACGUGAUCAUUCAUGCCGCAUAUGGAAGUAAUAAGGACAUAUCAGUGUACAGUUCGAUCGGGCUUAAACCUUUUGAAAUUUUCAUUGUUGGAAAAGUAUCCAAAAAACAUCAAUCAAACGCAACUGUUUUGAGCGACGGAUACGCAGCACAUUUGAGCACUUUACUCGCACAUGGUGGAUCCAGACCAGCGCAAGGCAAUGCGAGGAUGGUCCUUGUUCCACGAGCUGCUUUCAGUCAUUCCGCAUCGAUUCGACGGCGCAGGUCAGCUAGAAGAACUACCUCGUUCCCCGUACAAGUUUCAUCUUGCAAGUUUGGGGAGCGUAAAUCUGAAAAGCUGUGA